AUGAAACUUCUCAUUAUCUUUGCAGCCUCAGAAGCACCAGAAGGAGGACAAAACCAUAGCGACCCACUAGUAGUUACGAUGGCCAUCGCCCUCUCUGAACCCGGGGGCGAGGAUACAAAAACCAAGGCACUCUCAUGGGCGAUGCCCAGAAUUUUGAUCGAUGAUGGCAGUUCGGUGGACAUCUUAUUCUAUGAAACAUUUAAACAAAUGGGUCUCACAGACGAAUGUCUCGUCCCUUCCAAUUACAACAUAUUUGGCUUCAACGGGUCAUCAACCCGCCCAAAAGGUGAAAUAACGCUGGAAGUUCGGGUGGGAAAGAUCCUCACCCUAACCACCUUCUGCGUGGUAGAUGUACUAUCACCUUACACAACCAUUAUGGGUCGAUCCUGGGUCCACGGGAUCAAAGGGGUGGCCUCAACUUACCAUCAAAGGCUAAGGUUUCCUACGCCUGACGGAGUGGCAGAAAUCAUUGGAGAUAUUGCUGAAGAAAAAUGCUGA